AUGCCUCCUCCAUCAAACCAGAGGGCUGAUAUCGAGCCACCGGAGGAAAUUACGUCAAUAGCUGCCCAAGGCUUCAUGACGGGCGUUUUUCGCUUCGGCUCCGUCUCCAUCCUCGCGCAUAUGAUUCUCAUCCUCCCUCACCCAUUCAUCUUCUCCGCUCCCACUCCGCCAGCUACACAAGAAUCCCAACCUCAACCACGGCGAUCUCCGUUCUCACGCGAGUAUCUGCGGUCGCGACUGUUUCACCGACCGCUAGAGGGCUUCUCGGAAUGGAUCUCACCGACUGCGCGGGUUUACCGCGGCCUCACACCGCAAUUCAAGGUUUUCUUGCAGAUUGCAGCUAUGACCCUUGGCGGAUGUAUCUGGGCUGAGCGACGAGUCACUGAGUAUAUUGAUGUGGUACGGCGGAUCAAACGCGCGGAGAGAAUAGAGGCCGAGCGGGCUUCAGGUUCGCGGCGGUUCUAG